AUGUUGAGCUGCAAAAUCAGAUCCAGAUAUAUAAGCAAAGCAAUUCGGUGCGUUUACAGCACAAGACCAUAUCAUCCAUCUCCACACUCUUUGCAAGUAGCAUUUCAACAGUCAGAACCACAGCCAAAAACUGAUGUCGAAGAAAAUAAUAGGACUGAACAGCCAAUUAAGAAAAGUAAAAGAAUCAGCGAGAAUGAGAACAGCAAAACACUGAUAUUCUCAUAUACAAAAGCAGGCAUUGAAACACACCAAAAGUAUUUCAGAGAAAAAUUUUUAGAAAAACACCAGAACUGCUCCAGUUGUGGUGUUCAUUUACAAACAGAGAAUCAAGAUGAAGCUGGAUAUUUUCAAAUUCCAAAAGAUGUCAGCUUUGAAAAAGAAUAUUCAAUACACAACGAUAAACAAAAAAAUCAACAGUUAAAAGAGUACUUUGAGCAAAUUAAUCCCAAUGAAACAAGUAAAAGGCUACACAAAUCAAUGGAAAUAAACUAUAGAAAUAGUGUAAUGAAUCUAUCCCCGGAUCUCCAUGACCUAUUGAUCAAUGAAUCACCGGACUCUACAAGACAAUCUAGUUCUAAAAAAGAACUCUUGGAAAAAGAUAAACAGGAUUUUAUAAUAGCUGUGGAAAAAGAAGAUAUAUUUGAAAACGAAACCAUUAAACAUCCUAUAUUGUGCCAAAGAUGUCAUGAUGUGUUUUAUGUAAAAAACAAUAUGGAAGCCAAAGAUAUCUCAAUCAAAUCAUCAGAUGAUAUAUUAAAUAAGUAUUUGUUACCUGAAACAGCUAAAACAAAACAUGAGGCAGUUGUGGUAUAUGUUCUAAGUGUUGUAGAUUUUCCUUUUGGUCUUGAUAUAAAAUUUUUUAAAAAAUUGCUUGAUAAUUUUCGAAUUAAAAAUAUCCGAAUUGUCAUUAAUAAAAUGGACACUUUGAAGUUGCAUCCUGUAAAGAGUAAACUAAUAAACUUAGAUUAUUUCAAAUACACUACUCUUGAUUGCAUUGAUGAGCUAAUAAAGUCGAGUAAACUCAAUAAAAAUGAGAAAUUUGAUCCUAAAAACAUUAUAAUAACAAGUCAUAAGAUAAACAUUGAAGAGUUGUUCCAUUCAAUGGCAAAAGAAAAAAAGACAUUUUAUUUUGUUGGAGAAGUCAAUGCAGGAAAAAGCUCUAUAAUCAAAGCAUUAAUUUUGGAAACAUUAUAUAACAAAUUAGGAGCAUUGGGGACUAGGACUAAGGCUUUGUCUAAUAGAGAGGUUAGGAAAAGGUUUUUGUAUGAUAAAUAUAGGAAAGAUUAUCCAUUAGAACUACCAGGCACAGUUCCUUUUCCAUCAUUUACGCAGUCAAAAAUGGAAUACAAUCUCCCCACCAAAAACACAUCAAUUACAGAUGAUGACAAGUUAUUGAACCGAUUUGAUAGAUUAGCAAAAUCAAAUGGAUACUUAGCGAUUGGUGAUACGAAAGGAAAAUUUAAACUUGUCGAUCUACCUGGAUUUGUAUCAGACUACAACAUUGAAAACCACAAUUUGGGAAUAUUCGAUUUGGUAAAAUCUAAAUAUUUAAGAAAUUUCAAUGAAACUGCAUUGGGGAUGAAAUUGUGCAGAAGAUUAGAGGUUGAUAUUGAAAAAACAGCAAAUUUUUUCAAUUACUUUGAAAGAGAUGUAAUUAAAAAUAAGCAAACAUACACUAUAGGUGGUAUGUUUUUUUUAACCAACUGUGGUAGGGGAGUGAUAACAACAGUCGUGAAACUAAUAAAGGGACCGGUGACUAUUUUUGGAUCUAUUGAAACUUGUCUUAAGCGUGUUAUCGUCCCAACAGUAACAAUGGAAAAAAAUUUUGAAAUAUUGAAAGAUUCAAACCGAGAGGAAACUUUUGAUCUAAAUAAAGGAAAUAUGAGAAGAUGUAUUAUUCCACCGUUUUUUGGGCCAAUCGAUAUUGUUAUCAAAGGUGUGGGCAUUAUUACUUUGAUACCCACAUCAACGCCGAAACUUGCUUUUAAGUUGAACGAAAUUGGACCAUACGAAAUAUAUUUUCCAAAGCAACUCGAUGUGAUGAUAAGAGAAGGAUUUCAAGACUAUUUGGCACCACUUAAUUUAAUGUUGAAUGAGAAUGAUAAGUUUUUGCCAGUGAGAAAACACGUUCCAAAAGAGAGGUUAAUUUUUAGUAAGUUAAUUGAUAUUCCUGUGGAUGUUGAAGAUGUAUCAGUAUAUUUAGAAGAACACCCCAAAAAACUAGAAGGAUGGAACGACAAAGAAUUUUGGGAGUCUACGUUAAAAAAUUUCGAGGAAGAUAUGGAAAAAGCUUGUGGAGAUCUUGUUAUACAAAAGGAUAAACAGAAAAGAAAUCUCACAAAAAACAAAAACUUUGAUUUCAACUAUUUGAGCAAACUAAAAAUGAUAGGUGUUUCCGAAAUAAAGGAUAAAUAUAAGAAAAUUUUGCAAGACAAGUUUUGGAUUAAUCCAUUUCAAUAAACUUAGGAUGUUUUUAAUCUUUGCAUUUGGUAUCAUUUAAUUUUUUAUAUAACAAUCUAAAAUUCUUUUAUUUUUUUUUUUUUUAAAGGUGGGAAAUAGCGUAAAUAUGAAAAAUAAAUCAUGUAUAUACAAAUGGUAAAUUCUGCAAGGAAUAAGCAUAGAGUGUUGGGUAGAUGGAUUAGUAACUUAAUUUAUUAGAAAAU